AUGAAAAAGCACCUUAAGGAAGUGACAAGUCAAGCUCAAGCAGAGGAGAAGAGAAUCGCGCAUGCCUGUGCUCUCAUCAGUAGCAAACAGCACGUAAUCAAAGAAUUAAUAGACAAGUAUUCAGCAUUGACACGUAUCGAGCGUGUGUUCGUAUAUUGCCUACGUUUCCUAAGCAACGUUCGAAGGAUUCCAAGCGAGAGGAUUUUAUCACAUUUAACCACGACGGAAAUUGAAGCAGCACACAUGCAUCUAGCUCGCUACGCACAAAUGAGCGCGUUCGCUGAAGAAAUUAUCUCUCUCAAGAAGAACAAUGAAUUCAGCUCGACAAGCAGGAUAAUACAGUUGCAUCCGUUCCUAGACGAACAACAUUUAUUAAGGGUAGGUGGACGAUUGCAACACUCUUCAUGGGCAUUCGAAAGAAAAUACCCUAUAAUUUUGCCAGACAAAUCGAAAUUUUCAAGGUUACUGUUUGAGAGACAGCAUCAACGAUUAUUACAUGGGAGCCAAAUUCAGAUGUUGACCUCCAUUCGAAAUCGAUAUUGGCCUAUAAGGGGCCGAAAUUUGGCUAGACGCGUCUGUCGAGAAUGCGUCCGCUGCGCUAGAGCCAAUCCACAAGAAUUAUCGCAGUUAAUGGGAUCACUUCCACGUGACAGAGUAUGUUCUGAUCGAGCUUUCGCCGUUACCGGCAUUGAUUUCGCCGGUCCUAUUACAACUCUAGUGAACAAGAGUCGAGGUCGCAAGACUAACAAGUCUUAUGUAGCACUAUUCAUUUGCUUUGCCACUAAGGCCGUUCAUUUGGAGGCAGUGAGCGAACUUACUUCGGCGGCGUUCCUCGCCACCCUUCGACGAUUCAUCAGUAGAAGAGGACGUCCACACAUCAUUUUUAGUGACAACGCAACAAAGGACCCCGCACAAAAUAAAGGGAAACCGGUGUACAGUCAAAUGGGCUGGGGAUGGAGUAUGUUGUAG